AUGGCUACGCACGCAGACGCAGGCGCAGACGGCGCUGCGGAGGAAAGCCGCACGCCGCCAAUUCCGCCAAUGCACCGCCGCGAUCAUUUCCACGACGAACAAGCGCUGCCAUUCCGCAGCGUAGAGCAGCGCACGCCACAAGACGACCCGAUGCGUGUAAGCGCCAUGAUGUCCAGCAAUGCGCGUGGCGCGUAUUCUUCUGCGAGCAAUGCCCCCCCUGCGCCGCACGAGAUUUGCGAUGCGCGCAUGUCUGAACACGGCACAUCUCUCCCGCGCACAUGGGACAGCAGGUCCGAGCCGCGCGAUGCGCCACACACGCUUCACGACCCGUCUAUGCCUGCACCCCUGCCGAGCCAGCGAUUCGAGGACCGCCGUAUCCGUGCAUCGCCUCCGAUGCGCCCGCCCCACAGAUUUAUAUCUCCUCACCGCGAAUAUGCACACGAAAACAACAAGCGCACUCCGCCUCCGUUGGAGUACGGCGCGCCGACUGCAGAUGCGCGGCCUUUGAAACGCUCGCAUUCUCCUGUACAUGCACACGCACCUUUCUACGAACACGGCGUGCGCUCUCCCGGCGCGCAUAUGCAUAUCCAUGCGAGGCUUCCACACGUCCACCACCACCACCAUGCGUCGGACGCACCCAAGCACGAGCAUGGACCGACCGAGGGUCACGAACAUAGCGCACCGCAUCACCACCAUGUCCGGCUUCAUCAUCACCAUCAUUUCCCGCAUCACCACCACCACCAUCAUCAUCAUUUCCGCCAGCAAGUGCCGGGCGUGCGCGAGCCAGGGCCAGAUGCAGAGCCGGAGCCGCCGAGUGCGGUGCCCUGGCAAGAAGAUAUGCACGCGCCUGUAUCAGAUGUGCGCGACGCUUCUCCUUCACCGUCGCCGUCGCCGUCGCCGUUGCCAUCACCGUCACCGCCACCGUCACCGUCUCCACCGCCCGCUGCCGCCGCCGCUGCCGCCGCCGCUGCCGCCGCCGCUGCACCGACCGAUCCAGCAGAGCCCGCACAGCCACAAAUUUCACCCUUUGAAGCCAAGUUGCGCGAGCUGGCGUCCGGCCCGCGUGUCGACAGCGAGCCUGUGUGGGAGUACUUGGACCGCUGCGAGCAGAUGGAAGAGCUGGAGCGCAAGCAGCAAAAAGCACUGCACGCCGAGGAAGAAAAAGCGCGCGGCGAGUGCGUAUCCAACCCAACGUUUCUCUCGUCGCUCGCGCCGGAAAAAGGCAGCGACUCGGUGCCCGAUCCACGCAUGCUGCUUGGUUUUGGCCUGGGCAAGGACCGCGGACGCGCGGUGCGCCACCUAGGCUCGUUUUUGUACGAUCCUUACAAGCUAUUCCUUCCGCCCGAGAUGCUCAUGGCCAAUGUUGGCGCCACUGUCGAGGUGCGCAUUUCCGGCCGCAGUAUUGGGCCGGGUGUUUCGGAGCCCGAGUGGCGCAUGGAAGACGCCGAAGCACAAGCAAAGGUGCUUGCGCGGAUUGACGAAAAGGAUGCACAGGGCGCGCCGCCCUCUUUGUCCAACCUUGUGCUCGAAUCCGAGGUGCUUGCUUCUUCUACCGACACGCGCCUCCAGGGGCGCUGGCGGCUUGGAUGGCGAGGCACGGAGCACGCACGAAUGAAUCGCGAGAUCCGUGUUGCGAAUACAUGGAACGAGUACAAAAUCCAGGACCGGACAAACAAGCGCAUGCGCCGCGGCGCCCAAGACAGGCGACGGCCCUCGAUCAAAAUGCCGCGCGCUAUGACUGCGCCUGUGCUUGGGGACGAGGAGCUUGCUCGCGCUGCUUGGCAAUUUUGGGAGCAGCCAUGCUUGGCAGAGCGCAAGGUGUGGGGCACGGACGUGUACACGGACGACUCAGACGUGUUUGCCAUGUGUGUUCAUGCAGGCUGGAUCGAAGCGCCGCCGAUCCCCGGGAUCCCCGAAUGGCUUUCUGGCGGCGGCGGCGCGCGAGCGUCGCGUGCGUGGGCCAAGCUUGCGGAGCGUGAGGAGCACGGUGAUGGCGAGCCCUUUUUGCGCAUUGCGCCGGGCACAGCGCCGACCGCGCGCCCAAUUCAGCUCAUGGCGCACAAUACGUGUGACUUAUCGGUGAUGCUGCGCAUUGCGCCGAGACUGAUUUUGUACAAGGGCUGCAACCGCGGCGGGAUUUGCAGCCGCAGCUGGGGAAAUACACACGACGGCGUGAGCUUGGUGGUUGAGAGUGUAGAGCUGAGGCCGGCAGGGUAUGCCACCAGCACGAGCCGCAAAUCGGCCAAGGCGCGGAUGGCGCAAAUGUCAGCGCUGCGCCGAAUUGCGCGUCAUGUGCCUGUACCGCGCACGCUGGCCGCGGCAGCAAAAAAGGGAGAGGAUGCACUGCCGCUGGCAUUGCCGUCGGUAGCCGAUGCGGCGCAGCGCACGUUUUGGGAUGUACGUGGAUAG